GCCCUUCACCACCCCUUGGCCUCCUCCCACUUUCCUUUGGGUCCUCUUCUGUUACAGAAGUUCUGAUUUUUCCUAGAGAGCGAGAAGAAAGGAAAUUUGGGAUUCAGGAAGUUGGGAGCUCAUAUGAACAUGGCGAACCUACUGAAAACCGUGGUGACUGGCUGUUCGUGUCCUUUACGUAGCAGUUUGGGGUCCUGUAAGGUUAUACCUGGGAAGAAGGAUUUUCUACGAACGUUUCAUACUCAUCAGGCUCUGUGGUGUAAAGCCCCUGCAAAACCAGGAAUUCCAUAUAAGCAGCUGACUGUUGGUGUCCCCAAGGAGAUUUUCCAAAAUGAGAAACGGGUGGCAUUGUCUCCUGCUGGUGUUCAAGCCUUGGUCAAGCAGGGUUUUAGUGUUGUCGUGGAAUCGGGUGCUGGCGAAGCUUCUAAGUUUUCUGAUGAUCAUUACAGAGCAGCAGGUGCCCAGAUCCAAGGGGCGAAGGAAGUGCUGGCUUCUGAUUUGGUGGUCAAAGUGCGAGCCCCCAUGGUGAAUCCAACAUUAGGUGUUCAUGAGGCCGACCUUUUAAAGACAUCAGGAACAUUGAUUAGCUUUAUUUACCCAGCCCAAAACCCAGCCUUGCUAAAUAAACUUUCUAAAAGAAAAACUACAGUGUUGGCGAUGGACCAGGUUCCAAGAGUCACGAUUGCUCAGGGAUAUGAUGCUCUAAGCUCCAUGGCCAACAUUGCUGGUUACAAAGCUGUUGUACUAGCAGCAAAUCAUUUUGGACGGUUUUUUACUGGGCAGAUCACAGCUGCAGGAAAAGUUCCUCCAGCUAAGAUUCUGAUAGUUGGUGGUGGUGUGGCUGGGCUGGCUUCUGCAGGUGCAGCUAAGUCGAUGGGCGCUAUUGUUCGGGGAUUUGACACCAGAGCUGCAGCUUUGGAGCAGUUCAAGUCUCUUGGUGCUGAGCCCUUGGAGGUGGACUUGAAGGAAUCUGGCGAGGGACAAGGAGGAUAUGCGAAAGAGAUGUCCAAAGAGUUCAUCGAAGCGGAGAUGAAGCUCUUUGCUCAGCAGUGCAAGGAGGUGGACAUCCUCAUCAGCACGGCCCUCAUUCCGGGUAAAAAAGCUCCAGUUUUAUUUAGUAAAGAAAUGAUUGAGUCAAUGAAGGAAGGUUCAGUUGUUGUGGAUUUAGCUGCUGAGGCUGGCGGAAACUUUGAAACCACGAAGCCGGGAGAACUUUACGUUCAUAAGGGAGUUACCCACAUCGGGUACACAGACCUUCCCAGCCGAAUGGCCACUCAGGCCAGCACCCUCUACUCCAACAACAUCACCAAGCUCCUGAAGGCCAUCAGCCCUGACAAAGAUAACUUCUAUUUUGAAGUGAAAGAUGACUUUGACUUUGGUACCAUGGGUCACGUCAUUAGAGGAACUGUAGUGAUGAAGGAUGGCGAAGUGAUUUUCCCCGCUCCCACCCCAAAAAAUAUUCCUCAAGGUGCACCAGUGAAACCGAAGACAGUGGCUGAGCUGGAAGCUGAAAAAGCAGCUACGGUCACCCCCUUGAGGAAGACCAUGACCACGGCGUCUGCAUAUACAGCAGGUCUCACUGGGAUUCUGGGUUUGGGCAUUGCGGCGCCCAAUUUAGCCUUUUCCCAGAUGGUGACCACUUUUGGCCUGGCCGGCAUUGUGGGCUACCACACUGUCUGGGGAGUGACCCCUGCUCUCCACUCGCCACUGAUGUCUGUGACUAAUGCAAUCUCAGGGUUGACUGCAGUUGGUGGGUUGGCACUGAUGGGAGGACAUUUGUAUCCUUCGACCACUUCUCAGGGCCUUGCCGCUCUUGCUACGUUUAUUUCCUCAGUCAACAUUGCAGGUGGCUUUCUGGUGACUCAGAGAAUGCUGGACAUGUUCAAGCGUCCCACGGACCCCCCAGAAUACAACUACCUGUACCUGCUGCCUGCCAGCACCUUUGUCGGAGGGUAUUUAGCAGCCCUCUACAGCGGCUACGACAUUGAACAAAUCAUGUAUCUGGGCUCAGGUCUGUGCUGUGUUGGUGCCCUGGCCGGCCUUUCCACCCAGGGAACAGCUCGUCUUGGCAAUGCCUUGGGCAUGAUUGGGGUGGCUGGAGGCCUGGCAGCCACACUCGGAGGCCUGAAACCGUCCCCGGAAUUGUUAGCUCAGAUGUCUGGAGCAAUGGCUUUGGGCGGUACCAUUGGACUGACAAUUGCCAAACGCAUCCAGAUUUCCGAUUUACCUCAGUUAGUUGCUGCUUUCCACAGUUUAGUGGGCUUGGCGGCGGUGCUCACUUGCAUCGCUGAGUACAUUGUAGAAUAUCCACAUUUUGCUGUGGAUGCAGCGGCAAAUCUCACCAAGAUCGUGGCCUACCUCGGUACUUAUAUCGGAGGGGUCACGUUCAGUGGCUCUCUUGUUGCCUACGGAAAACUGCAGGGUAUUCUGAAGUCUGCCCCUCUCCUGCUUCCUGGAAGGCACUUACUUAAUGCGGGCCUGCUGGCUGCCAGCGUGGGUGGAAUCAUCCCAUUCAUGAUGGACCCUAGCUUUACCACCGGCAUCACCUGUCUGGGCUCUGUGUCAGCUCUCUCUGCUGUCAUGGGUGUGACUUUGACAGCUGCCAUCGGGGGUGCGGACAUGCCCGUGGUCAUCACCGUGCUGAACAGCUACUCAGGCUGGGCACUGUGCGCGGAGGGCUUCCUGCUCAACAACAACCUGCUGACCAUCGUGGGCGCGCUCAUCGGCUCUUCCGGCGCCAUCCUGUCCUACAUCAUGUGUGUGGCAAUGAAUCGCUCCCUGGCUAAUGUGAUUCUUGGAGGCUAUGGUACCACUUCAACAGCUGGUGGAAAACCCAUGGAAAUUUCUGGCACACAUACAGAAAUCAACCUUGACAAUGCAAUUGACAUGAUUCGUGAAGCUAAUAGCAUUAUUAUUACUCCAGGCUACGGUCUGUGUGCAGCCAAAGCGCAGUACCCCAUCGCUGACUUGGUGAAGAUGCUCUCCGAACAGGGCAAGAAAGUCAGGUUUGGCAUCCACCCAGUUGCAGGCCGGAUGCCUGGUCAGCUUAAUGUGCUGCUGGCUGAAGCUGGGGUGCCAUAUGAUAUUGUGUUGGAGAUGGACGAGAUCAACCAUGACUUCCCAGACACCGAUUUGGUCCUUGUAAUUGGAGCUAAUGACACCGUUAAUUCAGCAGCUCAAGAAGACCCCAACUCUAUUAUUGCAGGCAUGCCAGUCCUCGAGGUCUGGAAAUCAAAGCAGGUCAUCGUUAUGAAGAGGUCACUGGGUGUUGGCUAUGCUGCAGUGGACAAUCCAAUCUUCUACAAACCCAACACGGCCAUGCUUCUAGGCGAUGCCAAGAAGACAUGUGACGCAUUGCAGGCGAAAGUGAGAGAAUCCUACCAGAAGUAAAUUUGCAAGACCAGGCUGUUGUCUGACAGAGCCACCUCUUCUGUUGUGGGAAAAUAACAGGCAAAUAAAGUGUCACUCUGUACAGCUGAUAGACAUCCAUGGCAAGGCUCUUGGAAGAGAAGGAAGACUGAAGAAUGCAGAGCAAACAGGGAUAUUUUUCAAGAGCAGUGAUUCCUUGAUUUAAAAAAAAAAGAUUAAAAACUUCUGAAUGUCUUUCUGUGCAUAUUUUUUGUGUUAUGAAUUCCAAAAGUAUUUUAUAAAAGAAGAAAGAACAGCCUCAUUUUAGAUGUAAUCCAUUUGGAUUUUUCUAUUCUUCCUCAACGGUCAGCAAUAUUUUAAGAAAUUAAGUUUUUAGGAUCUUAGGACUUACAUUAUAUACGCAGGUCUGAACACUCUGACCUUGUAAACAUUACAGGUACCUUCAUUUAUGUUUUUUUCGACAAACGUUAUUAAUUUGAGACUUUUGUCAACUCCCGAGCUACCCUCUUACCAUUUAACCAUGAUCCGAAUUAACCAUAUCAGAUUGGCUUCAACUUUUCAAACUGUACUACCAAUUCUUAGAUUUCAGGGAUGUAUUUUCUCACUUCUAUUUUAAUACCUUAAGGGACUAGAUAAUCUUUCAGAGAUGUUGGAAACAAAUCAUUUGCUUUGUAUGUUUCAGCAGGACACCAGUGAAAUAUAUAAUUUGAAAUCAGUAUUGUAUUUUUAAAAAUCCCAUUUCCAGUCAGAGGUGUUUUUAAUUUCAAUCAAUUUAUAAUGUGUUUUACUGUAUUAAGUGCACUUGAAUGGAAUUCAACUAUUUGACUAAUAAAAUGAGUUCAUCAUGUUUGCGUA